AUGGCCGACGGUAUUAGUAGUAGCAGUAGCUCGUCGGAAUCCACCGUCGCUUGCGUCGGUGGUGGUACGAGAAGAGAGAUUAUGCUGUUCGGAGUCAGGGUCGUGCUUGAUCCGAUGAGAAAAAGCGUCAGUUUGAACAAUUUGUCUGAAUAUGAACAAACAGAGGACUUCCAAAAGAUCGAAGAUGGACAAUACAAGAACAGCAAAACCUCCUCCGGUUACGCCUCCGCCGAUGACGCUGUUCCGAUCUCUUCUUCCGCCGGAACUCGCGAGAGGAAACGAGGAGUUCCAUGGACUGAGGAAGAACACAAACUGUUCUUGCUUGGUCUGCAGAAAGUAGGCAAAGGUGAUUGGAAAGGAAUAUCAAGAAACUUUGUAAAGAGCAGAACGUCUACACAAGUAGCUAGCCAUGCUCAGAAAUACUUCCUCCGGCGAAGCAAUCUCAAUCGUCGCCGGAGAAGAUCUAGCCUUUUUGACAUGACUACUGAUACGGUCAUGCACAUGGAAGAAGAUCAAGUGAUUAUUCAGGAAAACACAUCACAAUCACUGUCUUUCGUACCGGAAAUCAACAACUUCUCUAUAAAUCCGGUUAUGCAAGUCUUUCCCGAGUUUCCGGUACAAAGGAAUCAAUCAUAUGGACAGAUUUCUUCAUCGAAUCUCAUCGGUCUUGUCCCAUUAACCUUUCAAGAGAUGUCUGCACCGAUCUCUCUAAACCUCUCACUUGCUUCAUCUAAUCUUAAUGAGCCUUCUUCAACAAGGCAUUCAGCAUUCAACACGAUCCGAGUCGCUUAG